AUGCCGAUCACUUGGCAUGGGCCAAAAUCCCAGGCAAACGCGAAACCAUUGACUUUCGAUGAAGUGUACAAUCAAAGUAGUCCGACCAACUGCACGGUGUACUGCGGCGGACUCACCAAUGGUCUAACAGAAGAGCUAAUGCAAAAAACAUUUUCGCCUUUCGGAUCCAUCCAAGAGAUUCGCGUAUUCAAGGACAAGGGUUACGCUUUCAUCAGGUUUUCUACCAAAGAAUCGGCGACACACGCUAUUGUGGCAGUUCACAACACCGACAUCAAUGGUCAAACGGUGAAGUGUAGCUGGGGGAAGGAGAGCGGGGAUCCGAACAAUGCUCAACAAACUGGACAGGCGUUAUCGUCGGCGACGUACCCAUACUACGCGGCGGCAGCAGCUGCCGCCGCGGCGGCGGCAGGCGUCGCGGGUGUCGGAGGCGUCGGUGGCGUCGGCGGUGCCGGCCAGCUAGGAUACUGGUACCCGCCCCAAUCUUAUCCGACGACAGCGACGCAGAUGCAAGCCGGUGGUUUCCUUCAAGGGAUGCAGGGAUACACUUAUGGACAGUUCGCCGGGUAUCAACAGGCGCAAUACAUGGGAAUGGGAAUGGGUGUCCACGCUGCUGGCACGGCGGCAGGUUGGGGCCAGGGAUUACCUGGGGGACCACAGUUACCGCCACACCAUGCCACGACGGUCACGGCACCCCCAGGGGUGCAAGCCGCACCCCCACCACCACCACCUCCGGCACAAAUGAUGGCCUACCCGAUGCAACAGUUCCAGCUAGCGGAUGAGGACUGGCUGACGCCUAGCCUUCUAGUGUGAUGGUAAGCAAGUACACCCCACCAACAGGAACAACUUCUACAGCAACAACAGUUACCACCACCACCACCACCACCACCACCACCAUUAUCACCACUACUACCACAACUACCAACAACAACAACAAAAUUUCCGUCACCAUCGACGCCACCGCGACAGCAAAAGCAACAAAAAUCAUGCCGCUUCCGGCUUGAUCCACGAAACAUAAAGCAGUGGGCAUCGAUUGCCAGAAAA